ACCCUGCCUUAUUGAACAUUGAUUCAGUUUCUUUCUUCUGAGUUCUGAGAGAGACCCAUUAUUCCCAAACCAAUUUUACUAUUCAAACUCACUCAUUCUCUGUGUGUGUGUGUGUGAAAUUUCAAAAGUAUGAGGAAGCUGAAGUAUCAUGAGAAGAAGCUGUUGAAGAAGGUGAAUUUUUUGGAAUGGAAGAAAGAAGAUGGGCACAGAGAAGCCUUUGUAAUGCAAAGGUACCAUGCUACUCACCGCGACGAUUACAAGAGGUAUUCGGGUUUGUGCCGUAUGGUGCAGAAGCUAGUCAACGUUUUGAUGAAGAUGGACCACAAUGACCCUUCUCGGAUUCAACUCACUGAUUUACUACUCGAAAAGCUGUACAACAUUGGUGUACUACCAUCCAAGCACAACGCUGAUGUUCUAAAAGUGUGUGAACGUAUAACAGUGUCAUCCUUCUUUAGGCGUAGGCUCUCAACUGUUUUGGUGCGAAUGAAGUUUUGUGAGCACUUGAAAGAAGCUAUCACAUACAUUGAGCAAGGACAUGUUCGAGUGGGUCCAGAGACGGUUACUGACCCAGCAUUCCUUGUAACUAGGAACAUGGAAGACUUCAUUACAUGGGUAGAUUCAUCCAAGAUAAAGAGAAAGGUGCAGGAGUACAAUGAUCAGUUGGACGACUAUGAUGCAAUGACCUGAGUGUAGCACUGGAUUUUGUAUAUUGGCAUUGGACUUGUGAAGCAAAAACAUCCAUAAGAGCCAUUUUCAACCAUUGUCAUUAGGGCGUGGGCAUAUUCUGAUAUGUUUGGUGAUGCAAUAUGUUGAAAUUGCUAGACACCAAAUUCACUAUCAUCUCACAGGCUCACAGCAGGUCACAUAAAUGACUUGCCCAAGUGAUGUGAACAGCUUUGGACUCUUGACAAGUUUAUUUUCCAUUUAUUUGAGAGCGAGACUUAUUAUAAUAAA